AUGGGCGAUUUAGACUGCAUCUGCAAGGCCAGCAACUCGCUUGAACACAAUACUGAGUUCAACCAGCAGUGCGUUCUCGACGCUUGCUACGGUGACAUUGGCAGGGAAGAGUUCCUGGAUAGUCUCUUCUACCACUGUAAGAAGGUGGACAAAGAGCUCGUCGAUAUACCGAAACGAUGGGAGCCCUAUCUUCCAGUCACCUUCCCUUCCGCACCCGACUCGACCGCUAGUGACCCCAAGAAUGCUGCGCCUGCUCCACCCGGUGUCAAGCUCAACGUCCAAUCCAUUGUGGGAAUCGUCAUCGGCGCCCUUCUCGUCCUUGGUAUUGUCUUCGUAUUGCUGUGGCUCUGGUGGAAGAAAAAGAGGGAGGCCAAGAAGCUGCGCGUCGAAAACGCUCAGAUGCUAGAUGCUAUGAACCCUGACGGCUUCAGCAACAGGAUCAUCACCCUGAGAGGCCACUCAUCAAUCCAGGACUUCGCAGAUCUCCGGGGAACCGGCAGUGCAGGCUCGGACGCCGCAGCAUCAAGGCACGGUACUGCAUCUACCUACAACGACGCGACACUCGUUGGUUCGCCGCGGAGCACGACUGCCUUCCCCCUCAGCCCUACAACUCCUAAGAGCCCAAUUCCUGAGUACGGUACAGCCGACGAAGACUGCGCCAUGUCGACGUUCGUCAGGUACCCUGGUCAUAAGCCAUACAAUGACGGCCAGUUCGAGCUACCCAACAACCAGCUUCGCGGCAGUCAAGUCAUGCAGGGCCAGUGCAAUACGCAAGAUGACUCGGCGAGUGAGUACAGUGCACGCCGGCCUAGCUACGGCGAUGACUCCAUCGACAUUCGGCAAGACAGGGAAUCGCGGGCACAGUUUGAACGAAUGCAGCGGGAUGAGUGGGAGAGAAAUGGGGAUCUGGAGCCACGCCACAACCGGGGAGAUUACGUCGCUAUAUUCUCCGCCGCCUGCAAGGACAAUACGGAGGACUUUUUGCGUCUUUAUGACGAUGAGUUUACCUAUGAGGAUUUGCUCAAGGACACAACACCGAGUAGUACUGCGGCAAUCACUGUCACUAUACUCUCAUCUACCACUGAUCAACGCACGUCAACGAACUCUGACGGAGAUGCGUCUAGCACGGUACCAACAGUCUCGAUCGCUACUUCUACAGACACAGAACAGUCUGCAGAAGCAUCAUCCCAGCCACCACCGUCAGCGACUUCAAUACCACCGAGCUCUACAGAAAAAGGAGAAACGACUUCAGUUGGGCCGGCGCCGCUCCCGAACGACACUCGCCUCGCACAAUCUACGUCAAAGGGACAGAAUGGCGUGACUGUUCACUCACAUGUCACUGUCACUGCGAUCUCCAACGGCGCACCUAAAUCUACUACCACUGCCGCUGCUGCGCCUACACUCAGUACCACCGCUAUCGCUGGCACAGCAGCAGGCGGUACCGUGGGUAUUGCGCUCAUCAUCGGCCUCAUAUUCCUCUUUAUGCGUCGUCGCAAACGCCAAUCUUCACUCGCGUCUCCAGCAGAUAUAUGGGAGCCCUCUCGCAACACCAGCCCGAAGCCUAAACUACCAAACAUCCAGCAUGAUUCGAGCUUCGGUCGAUACUCGGAGAUGGGAGCCGGUGUACCGGUUACUUCAGACCUCCGGAGAUGCAUGGUGGAAGCAGCGAAAACGCGCGAUACUACCAAUCCACUCAGCGACCAGACCCACAUCAUCAUGGUAGCAAUAUAG